AUGGGCCGGGAUUAUUACUCUGUGCUCCAGAUCUCUAGAAAUUCAGAGGAUGCCCAGAUCAAGAAGGCGUACCGGAAACUUGCCCUUAAGAACCACCCGUUGAAGUCCGUUGAGCCAUCCUCAGCAGAGACGUUCAGGCAAAUAGCAGAGGCCUAUGAUGUGCUGAGUGACCCUGUGAAGAGAAGCAUCUAUGACAAGUUUGGAGAGGAGGGCCUGAAGGGCGGGAUUCCUCUGGAGUUUGGAUCCCAGACCCCAUGGACAACUGGUUACGUCUUCCACGGCAACCCCGAAAAGGUUUUCCACGAGUUCUUUGGAGGAGACAACCCCUUUGGUGAGUUUUUUGACGAAGAAGGAAGUGAGGUGGAUUUGAACUUUGGGGGGCUCCGGGGCCGAGGGGUCAGGAAACAGGACCCCCCAGUUGAACGAGACCUCUACCUAUCCUUGGAGGACUUAUUCUUUGGCUGCACCAAGAAAAUUAAGAUCUCCCGAAGGGUGCUGAACGAGGAUGGGUACUCCUCUACCAUCAAGGACAAGAUCCUCACCAUUGACGUGAAGCCUGGUUGGAGGCAGGGCACACGUAUCACCUUCGAGAAGGAAGGGGACCAGGGCCCCAACAUCAUCCCAGCCGACAUCAUCUUCAUCGUAAAGGAGAAGCUACACCCUCGUUUCCGCAGGGAGAAUGAUAACCUCUUUUUUGUGAACCCCAUCCCCUUGGGCAAGGCUCUGACCUGCUGCACCGUGGAAGUGAAGACCCUAGAUGACCGUCUGCUCAACAUUCCCAUCAAUGACAUCGUCCAUCCCAAGUACUUCAAGAAGGUGCCAGGUGAGGGGAUGCCGUUGCCUGAGGACCCCACCAAGAAGGGAGACCUCUUCAUCUUCUUCGACAUCCAGUUCCCCACCCGCCUCACACCCCAGAAGAAGCAGAUGCUGCGCCAGGCAUUGCUGACAUAACUCUGGUGGGCUGGGGGCAGGACCAGGAGGAGGGGAACGCUAGUUGGGCCUUACCCAGCUCCUACUCCCACAGCCUCAGGGUGUGCAGGGGAGCCAGCCCACUGUGCUGAUGUGAUGGGAGGCUGGGAUGGCAUGGGACUUUUAAACUGACACAAUAAAGAUUUAUUUCCUUUCCUCCA